ACGUCAGUAAGGUGACGCGGAGUGUGUUUUUCUUCCACAUUUUGUUACGUGUAUUUUUUUAAAUGUAUAAUUUAGGGCCCCGCUUUACUAAGGCGAAAACAGCGACGCCGCCAUUUUUAGGACCGAACUCGUACACAAUUUGCGACAAGAAGGAAUGUUUUAAAAACCGCACCCCAUUCUUAAGCAGCAGCGUCCGUAAAACCACAGCAACUUACCCCGUUUACACGCACGCCAUUUACCACCCCGAAGAGUACAACCGUCGAAGAAUUAAGGGAGGUGCGAGCGUAAAUUACACAGCUAAGCGAUUAAAAUACUCUGAAGAGGAUUCACCAGGACCUUGUGAUUAUGAACUGGAGGUGACCGAAUUUCCUCGGCAGGUUGGAGUAGGCAAGCUGUAUUUGUGUAGAGUGCCCUAUUCAUUAACAGCGAAAGGACCAUCGGUUCCUUCCCAUUUAGACGAAAACGGUUACGAUAUCGACAACCACGGCAACCUCAUUAAGAUACCACCCAACAUCUACGAUACAAGUAGAGGUCCUGCGAAGUACAACGUGCCCCGAGGAGAAAUUUGUUACACGACUAACAAGUAUCAUAAAGGCAGUUGGUGGUCCAAAAGUAACAUUGUAAGAUUUCCAAAGCAAGUAUCUGCGACACCGGGUGUCGGCGCCUAUAACAUACAAGGAGAUUGCGCGUGUGAAGAAAAUGAAGGCUACCGCGAGAUGGCUCGACUAUUCUCCUUCCUGCCGCGCUUUACAGAAGCUGAAAUGCUACGCGUCGCACGCGAGGAUACUCCCGGUCCAGGUUCCUAUAAUGCUGAUACGUCGUCGUUUACCCGCAAGGAUUCGCUGAGCGUCGCUCCAGUGCCUUUCAUAUCCGGCGCUAAGCGUUUGGGUAGUAAUUUAAAAUCGGAAUCACCGGCGCCGGGGGAAUACGAAGUGCAGAAUUGUCCAGCGGGUCGGAGAGAUUUUUCAAAAAGGCAAUAUAUCGGUGUUCAAGCCGGAAGGCCAACUGUUGGGAAACAGCAAGACUAUCCAGGUCCUGCCACUUACAACGUUCUCGGCCCAAUUGACGAAAAAAUAAGAGCCAAAAGCAAUAAGUACUGUUGCGUCGAUGUACCGUUCUAUGCGUUGGCAGAAAGAAAAAUGGGGUUCGUACACAAAGACGCUCCUCACCUUCCAGCACCAGGAGAUUACGAUCUCGAAAAGAUGGAAAUGACAAAAGAAUAUGAGGGCGGACCAUGCUUCAAAUCGAAAUCGAAAAGGUUUACGAGCAUCACAGAGAUCGACGGUGCAGGUCCAGCUAGUUACAAUAUAACGGAACCGUUCAAGAAAAACACCAGCCGGAAGUCCCACAAUACCGGAAAGGUGCCAUUCAUGUCUAGCCAACUCCGAUCUGCGGAAUUGAAGUCCAAAACUCCCGGGCCCGCCGAGUACUCGCCCGGUGAGGCUAUGGAACUGAAGGGAUCUAGUUUUGGCCACGCUUUGCGAUUUAAGGAGCAACACGACGACCUGCCAGGACCAGGCCAGUAUACGAUUGUCGUUACGGUGAUCGUGAUAAGGUUUGAUUGGCAGUGGCAAAUCAGAAAUGCAAUUAAAUUUAUCGACCGGAAAUGUGCUUUACGACGGUUCAGCUGA